AAACAUCAUAUUUUAUUUUUCUUUUGUGAAAGGUGACACAGAUCUGGUUUAUGGGAAGUAUAUUAUCUCUCCAGUUACUUUCCCUACAAUCAAGGCAUCUUUAUAUACAUUUACAAUUUAGAAAAUCAAGUUGAAAAUUUGAGGGCUUAAAUCUUUUUAGUUUGUGAAAAAUUGAAGUGCCAGUCAUUGUCAGGAUUGUUAGUUAUAAUUAUGGAUCAGGAUGACAUAAGGGAUCGCAGAGAUGACAGUAGUGUAAAAUUUUCGAGAGGAAGAAAUAGAAUAGAUGAAACUGAAGAAGUUAGUGAUGAAAAUAGUAGUUCUGAGUCUGGAGAAGGAGAAACUUCAUCAAAUGAUAGUGAUGUUGAAAACAAAUCAAAAAGUGAAGACAGUCAGAACACUCAUAGUUCUGACUAUUGUCAAGAAAGAAAACCAAAGGAUAAUCUAGAAGAAAAUUCUCAAAAAAAUUCAAAAGCUAGAUGUGAAUGGAAAAGAGAUUACAAAAGCAGUUCUGUUGAAGAGCAGGAUAAAUGUAUUAGAAAUAAAGCCCUUGAAAAUAAUAAACAGUGUGAAGAGUUGUUUUCAGGUAGUUACUCUUGGAAUGAAAAGGACUUGUGUGUGUCAGAUGAUGCAACUGAAACUAAAAACUUAGAUCAUGGUACUCUGAUCCAUAAAUCAAGAAAGAAAAAAGAUGAAAACCUCAAAGCAAAAAUAAUAGAAAUAAAUACCCCAGAAGGAGAAUUGGACUUUGAGGAGGAAAUUCAUGAAGAAGAAGAAGAUGGUGAGACAGAUAAUGAAGCUUCCAAAGAAGUAAUUGAUGUUGAAACUAAAAAUAAUGGAGAAAAAAGUGAAAAAGUUGAAGCAGAAGAUGAUGGAGAAGUUUCAGAUGAUGAUGACUUGGAAGAGGGUGAGGUGAAAGAAAGCUGUAAUAGAAAAGCACAGCCUCGUCCUAUAUGUAGGUUCUUUAAUAAAGGCCAGUGCACUUGGGGAACCUCAUGUAGAUUUGUUCACCCAGGAAUUAAUGAUAAGGGAAAUUACAAUAUGUUUGAUCCUCCUAGACCUGUUCCUUUGGGCCCUGGAAAUAUCAUGCUUGGGAGUGGACCACCCCCUCCAAUGAUGGGACCUGGUCUUGGCCCUGGACAUUUAGGACCACCACCACCUAUGGGGAUGAUGCCAGUUCCUGGUGGUGCAGAUUUACAUCCUUUUCCUCCACCUCCACCACCAUUCAUAGAAGAACCUCCUCCUCCUCUUGAAUCAGCGUGGGAAAGAGGUUUGCGACAUGCCAAAGAACUGAUGAAGAGAGCCAAUUAUAGAAAAGAACAAGAACCAGAUUUUGAGGAGAAAAGAUUAAAUCUCUCACUUGACAUUAAUGACAGAUUUCCAGAUUAUGACAAAGAAAAUAAUUUUUAUGGUAGAAGUCCUCCAAGAAAACAUGGAGAUGAAGUGAUGCACUAUGGGGGAUAUGGUAAUGUGGCUGAUAAUUUCAAACCAUUAGAAAGAGAGGCUCAGGAUUUCUGGCGAGGACGUUAUGAAAAUUUUGAGAUACAUUGGUCUAGACCAGAAUUUGAAUAUAGGGUAAACCUAUGUCUAUUAAAAUCAAAAUCUCCAAAAGACCGAAGAAGCCAGUCACGAGGUAGAUCUCAUCAGUCUUAUUCUUCUGAAUCUUCACAUUCUUCAAGAUCAUCACGUUUUUCAUCCUAUAGUUAUUCACGUAGUUCCAAAAGCUCUGUAUAUAGCACUGGAAGAAGAAGCCCUCAUCAGCGCUCAUUCUCAAAGUCACGUUCUAGGUCACCAUACUCCACCUUACCCACUAAACCUCAACCUGAAUUCAGACCCAAAAGACAAACUCCUCCCACUGGACCUGUCAGACAGCAAUAUAGAUCACGACCUUUCCCAACCUAUGAAAGGAAGAAAAUCUCACAACCACAGCUGUCUGCUCUGCCCCUCCCUCUUUCAAAAGAAGGAUAUGACAAACAAAAAGACUUGCAAAGACUGAGAAGAAUCAAAAGCAGAAGCUUUAGUGCAAGUAGUAGGUCAAGAUCUCGCUCACUUAGCAGGUCAAGUUGCUCACCUGUACACACGCCAUCUCAGUUACACUCUAGGACCUACUCGCAUUCUCGCAGUAUAAGCAUGAGUAGUGUUUCCUCAGCUUCGAGCAAAAGCUCACAAUCUUCUGUCAGAUCAGAAAAGGUUCAGAAGACACUUGCUGGGCCUAGUUUGCCUGACAAACGGGAAUCUAAACUGCAAACAGAAAAGCCAGCUUCCAAAAUACCAAACAGAGAAACAAUAGUUAAACCAAGAGAAAUAAAAAAUAAGGAAAAGUUGACUCCCAGCAGAGAUGGUGCACCUUGUGAGAAAAAAAUGGGGAAAUUGGAAAUACCAGUGAGAUUUCAUGAUUACCCAUCAAAUAUUGUCCAGAAGUUAUCAAAGGAUCCCUUGAAACAUAUAGGUCAUAAGCAACAAAUAAAGUUGACUCUUCUUAAUAAGGGAACUACUGAUAAAAUAUCCAGCAUGCCUAAGAAAGAAGCAGAAAAACAAAAGAUUGGAGAAAAGGAUAAUACAAAGGCUCCAACUCGAGUACUACCAAGUGAAAACUUCCAGCAGCCCAAUAGCAGUCGGAAACGUCUUGCUUCUCCACGUCAACAGUCAGUGCCUUCUAGGCCAAAUUUGACUAAGGCUCAGCUUGCUGAUAAGAAAUCUACAAGUUCUCGAAGGGAAGAAUUGUUAAAACAGUUAAAAGCUGUAGAAGAUGCAAUAGCUAGAAAAAGGUCAAAAUUAAACUAAGACUUGGAUAUGUAGUUAGCUAUGAAAAAAAAGAAGAAAUUAACAUGAUAACUUGAUAUAGGGUGUUGGUCAAAUUAGUAAUGCCAUCAGUGCUGUUCUGUAGCUUAAAGUAUAAUUGUUGGUGUUUUUAUGUUGAAAGUGAAAAGAUUUUUGUUUAGACACCAGCUCUGUUGGUCAUUUCUGUGUAUUAGAAACACUUGACUGAUUGUACAUACAUUGUAAUUUUGUGUAGUUAUUUCAAAAUAGAACAAUCUAAACUGUUCUCUUAUAGAUUACAAUGUUGUUUUUUGAACAAUAACAUUUUAUUUUUUUUAGCUACCAAGUUAAAAAUUAGUUAAUAUUUUAGUGCUUAAAGCACUUUUAAUAUGUGCAAUUAUAGAUAUUUCCGUCUCUCAUAGAAAAUUAAGUUGUGUCACCUAUGAUAAAAAAAUCUGUAGUUUUUCAGUAUCAUUUAGAUGAUGUGCAAACCAAUCAACUAUUAAAGUACCAUAUAGGGGAGGUACCAACAGAACACCAAGAGUGUUAAUAACUAUAAACCUUUAAAUAUGUUUGGCUCUCUACUAUUCAUAAUAAUUUCAGUUUAUUGAAAAAAACAUUUUGAAAAUAAUAACUGGAUCAUAGCCCUAAUCUGUAUCUAUAAAUGGGGCUUAGUGUGAUCCAAUGGCUGGUAUGCUCACCUGUGGAUCUGAUGGUCCAUUGUUUGUGACCUAUUGCAACAAAAUUUCCUUCUGCACUUGAGGGCCGUGGGAGCAUUAUAAGAGUGAUGGUCAAAUCCCACUUUUUAAUCAGAGUACCCCAAGAGUUAAUGGUGGUUGGUGUUGACUAGCUGUCUUCUUUCUCUAGUCUCUCUUUUUUUUUUUUUCAAAAUUAGGGACUCCUAGCAGUGGUAGCCCUUUUAUUAGCUUUGCAUUAAUAUAAAAAAAAAACAAAUAUAAAUGAUUUCUGUGCAUGAUAUUUACCAUUUAUUAAAAGAAGUAAUUAAUUUCUGCAUCUAAAAGUCAUGAGCCAUGGUUAUAUUUUCAUAGUUUGCCUUUGAAUUUACAAAUAUUGUAAACCCAUCACAAACACACACACACAACUGUAAGGAAAAAUGUUGUGGCAAUGUCUCAAGAGACUUGAAAACAUUUUACUGGUUGAUGCAUUUAAUGCUAUAAAUUAUUAUUUCUUAAUAAAAUAGGAUCAACUGCCAAAGGCAUUUCAAUGACAAUAGCUCACAGUUCACUGUAAUAUUUUAUUUACAUGAAAUUUCUCCAUUUUAUACUCUGAAUCCUUUUUUUUUUUUAUUAU